AUGUAUCCCGCUUGGAAAAUUAGGGUACAUGACGCUGACAUGUCAAUACAGCUACUGUAACAGAUGACUACAGUCAAAUCCAGCAUCAUCACUGGCGAUCUCUAACGGCGAGAACAUAUGCCAAGAGCACCGAAAUCCACAAGCCCUGCGUCGAAAGAAGAAUCAAAGAAAUCAGAAAAAAGAUCUCUACUGAUCUCAAAACCUGUACUGACGAUAAAAACAUCUUUGGCGACAACGAGCACAACAAAGGCGUGGAUAACCUUCAAAGCAUUGUCAAAGCAGCCGUGAAUCUUGACCAGUUUCUCUGGCAGCAGAAAGCAAAGUUUCAGAUACAAUGGCCUCCAAGAAAGAAUAGAAAUCCCCUGUCUUUCGACUCUUUGUGGAUGACGGGAUAUGAGACUACCAAGUCCGAUGAGGAAAGGUUGAUGAGAGAACGAGUUGUGCCCAAUAUGUAUUGCGUGCCUGCCCUACUGGAAUGUGGAACUUCAGAAGGGAAUAAUUAUAAGGAAGGGGUUGUUAUAUCCAAGGCAUUGGUGGAUGUUUAG